UUUGGGAGACACAGGAAUGGCAGGAGAUCUCGGGAUUAAGGGAGACCAGGGCCCUCCUGGUAUCACUGGACUCAAAGGAGAGCGUGGUGACAAAGGCACACGAGGAGCUACCGGAGACGAAGGCAGACCGGGUCAGACGGGUCACGGGGGUUUAUCCGGUCCAAUGGGGUCCCGAGGACUGGAUGGAGAACAAGGUCUUCCUGGAACCCCAGGCCCCAGGGGUGUACCUGGCCCUAAAGUGAACGAUGACAAGCUUCGGGAAAUGUGCUCAGUCGUUGUUGAAGAGCAACUAGCAGAGUUCAUGAGGGAGAUGCUGAAGAGGCCCUCAGCCCUUGGUGCUCCUGGUACUCCUGGACCUGUAGGAGCCUCUGGACCAGAAGGACCAGCAGGACCAUCAGGAGCAGCAGGGGCCCCGGGGCCAGCAGGGGCCAAAGGUCAUCCAGGCUUCUUUGGACUUCCAGGCAUGCCAGGCAAGACAGGUGACUCUGGGGGAAAGGGAGAUAAUGGAGCCAAGGGAGAGGACGGUGUAGGAAUCAAAGGAAGCACCGGAGAACCAGGUGCACGAGGUGCAGCAGGUGUUCCUGGCGUUGGAAAGGACGGCAAAGAUGGACAACGCGGUGAGACAGGAAACCCCGGAGUCCCAGGAGCCUCCGGUCCAAGAGGGCCUUCAGGGCCUCAGGGGCUUUGUGAUCCUUCGACCUGUAUCAGCAGGUCUAUUCCCCCGUUCUACAUGGUCAGUGGAAAGAAGUCUGCCAGCUACAGAAAACCAUGAGACAUCACCACUGAGACACACUCCUCAUCUUCUUCAGAAGAUCUUUAGAAGCCCCUCAAAGUCUCCAUCUGAACCGUGGAGCUCAGAGACGCAAAGGGAAACAGAGACAAGGCACAAUUGUAGAAUACUGUAAAGACAUUUUAUCACAUGUUGAAAGAAAGCUGCUACUGACGCCAAAGCAACUUGUUUGACAGACACCCACGAGUCUUCAGAAAAACCAAUAUCAGCAUUUUGUAAAGUAUUUUAAAGCUACAUCCUCUCUGAUUUUCUCUUAUGAAUAUACUUUUGCAUUCCUCGAAUAAGCUCCCUGAAACACAUCGCUUCUACAAACAGGAUUUGGUAAAGUGGAACUAUGUAUCUAAAUGUCCCUUCAAGUGCAGAGCUGAGAUAUCCAACAAUGUGCUUUUUAAUUUACGAUCAUACCUUUGGUUUGCCUGAUUUUGUCAUUUAUUGUUUCAAGCGAUGUAAUAAAGUGAUAUGUUUUGGAAGGGU